CCCAAAAGCUCUCCCUGCCUCCCAUUUCCUCCUUCGGCCCUUCCCCUUCCUCGGUUGCUCGUUCCCAAAUUUCCCUCCCCUCCUUCCUUCCCAAAUCCCUUACACUGUUAUCCGAGCUCCAGCAGCGGCAGGCAGCCCCCUUCUGAGGCGCUAUCCUCAUCCCGUAAUUCAGUCUUCAAGAGUCCUUCAGUUGUUUGAUCCCAAAUUUCCUCUCGCUUCGUUCCCAAAUCCUGAAAUUCCGAACCCUAGCCCUCAAUCAUCUAGGCUGCAGGCUCCAACUCCAAGCUUGACUGUCGAAAAACCAGCCCUAGCAGCGCCGGAUGAGGUGAGUAGCUGCUCGAAAUUCAGUUUCAAAUCAGCUCUAACUCAGUCUCAUUUCCAGCCUUCAAAAAGCAAGCAAAAAGAAGAAUUCAUUGAAGGGCACCAAGGGGGGUGCAAUCCUUGUGCAUGAACAGUGACAAAAGAAAAAUCUCUCUUAAAGCAGGUUGUCGAAAAAGUGAAGAGCAGUAUGAGUGUCAACUGUCAAUCAUGUACAAUCCACUGUGCCAUGUAGUUAUAUUGCUAGUCCAUCUGUCAAAUUGUGGCCCAUAUUUCUCAAUUUUGCUAUAAGAAAACCCCAUCAGUCCCAGACUCCAAAUUCUCCAGAGCCUUGCAGAUAUUUUGUUCCUGUGACUAGACUUGUAAGUGGGCAAUUAUGCUGGUGAAAACAAUGUCAUGUCAUUUGCCUUUGGCAGUGAUGACUUUGUCUAUGAUUGUGUAAUGGAAAAGAGAAGAAUUGAUGAUUAUGAACCAGGAACAGUCCCACUGCCCAGGCUCUUGGACAGAUUUGGAUUUGUGAAGCAGGAACUUGACAACUCUCCUGACAGUGUAACCAAGAUCAGGUCGGCAUUUGAAUAUGAGAGGGAUGAAAGAAGGGUUAGAAAAUGGCGGAAAAUGAUUGGAAUUGGAGGGAGUGACUGGAAGCAUUAUGUUAGGAGGAAGUCUCAUGUGGUAAACAGGCGUAUAAGGAAAGGAAUUCCAGAUUGUUUGAGAGGCCUUGUUUGGCAGUUGAUAUCUGGAAGUCGAGAUCUUUUGCUGAUGAACCCUGGGGUCUAUGAGCAACUAGUAAUAUAUGAGACAUCGGCUUCGGAAUUGGAUAUAAUUCGAGACAUAUCUCGAACUUUCCCUUCACAUGUUUUCUUCCAGCAGAGACAUGGACCUGGUCAAAGAUCCCUUUACAAUGUUUUGAAGGCAUACUCUGUGUAUGACAGAGAUGUUGGAUAUGUUCAGGGAAUGGGAUUUUUGGCUGGUCUGUUGCUUCUUUAUAUGAGUGAAGAAGAUGCAUUUUGGUUGUUGGUUGCACUAUUGAAAGGGGCUGUCCAUGCUCCAAUGGAAGGAUUAUAUUUGGCUGGAUUGCCUUUGGUGCAGCAAUACCUUUUCCAAUUUGACCAUUUGGUGAGAGAGCACUUACCAAAACUAGGAGAACAUUUUUCCCAAGAAAUGAUAAACCCCAGCAUGUAUGCAAGCCAAUGGUUCAUUACAGUUUUCUCAUACUCGUUUCCUUUCCACUUGGCUCUUCGAAUCUGGGAUGUCUUUCUUAACGAGGGCGUUAAAAUUGUUUUUAAAGUUGGUUUGGCGUUGCUGAAAUAUUGCCAUGAUGAAUUAAUUAAAUUACCCUUUGAAAAACUUAUACAUGCCCUGCGUAACUUCCCUGACGAUGCAAUGAAUCCAGACAUCUUAUUGCCAAUGGCAUACCCAAUCAAGGUAACCAAACGUUUGGAAGAAUUGAAGAUGGAAUAUGAGAAAAGAAAUGUGAAGCCAAUCCAAUCUUUGGAAUGUAGCGAAAAGCAGGAACAGCCUGUGGAAAUGCGUUAACGCGGUGUCUGAUUAAAAGGGAGCUAUAGUCCAAGUGGUCUCUCCUUAGGGUCUCUGAUUCUUUUAUUAUUUACCAUAUAUAGUCCAGGUAAAUCUGUAUCGAAACUUGACUUGUCCUUGGCGUGUUUGCUAUGAGGUGCAUGUUGAAUAUUUUGUUUGUUUUGCUGGCUGGGUGUCUCAGAAAUAUCUUGUGUAAGCCCCAAGCGACAAACUCCAUGGUUGGAGUUUGGGACUGAAAUCUUAAGUUUGAACUUAAGAGAAGACGGAAGGGGUAUAGGAGGAGAGAUGGCUACCUCCUGUUAUGUGUCGAGGUCAACCCCACAGGACCUUUUGUUUUUGAAGAGAAGAAGAAGAAACAUAUUCUAUGAACAGUAUGGUGAGAUCUAGCAUCGUUGUACCCACCCAUCUUAUCUUUUAUGUAUAUAAUCCAUCAGACAAGUGCAUCAAUGUCUAUAUGUUUGUUUUUUUUGAAAAAAAUAGUUAAUUUUUUAUACUUUAUUUUUAUUCAUUUUUAUAAUUAAAUUUUUUU